AUGCUGUCUAGCGAAAUAAUUAAUUGUUAUCUCCACGGCAUAUUUUUUAGGAAAAUCGCAUCUCGUGCAAGUGCAAAAGCACUUGUUUCACAAAACGAACGGCGAAUACCAAUCGAGGAUGUCCUUGCAAGGGUGCUGGAAGAACAUGUGGCACUGAAUGUUCGUGUGGAUCCACGGCGAAGCCUUUGCCGAAACAAGGUGAGUAACAUUACUUGUUUGCGGUCGUGAAAGUUGAGCUUGAAAGGGACAACUUAUUUUUUGCAUCGUUCUGUCCCUGUUUCGUUGUGAUGCAAGUAAGUAAGUACAAGAAUGGCGGUUACGUUUGGGUCAGAGACAUCGAUGAGCACAUGUUUACUCAGGGUCACUGAUCUCUGUGGUCGAAGUGUAUCUGGCGUGUAUCCAGCACUUUUAGCGUGUAUAAUUAUUAAAUUUCUUAUCGAUCAUCAUUAUUUUUUGAUCCGGAUUUUGUAGGAGAAUUAUUUUCACAUAAGCAACAACAAUAUUUUCCAGUGUAUGAAUUCCACUACCAUUUAUAUUCCUUUGCUUUGAACAGCCUGGUGGAGACACAGGACGCCAUCCAAUUUCGAGCAACAGAAGGCCCCACUCUUAUCAAAUUGAAAGCAGGCCCAGUGAAGAAAAAGAAAGGGUGAGGGAAAACAAUGAUGUAAAAGUGAGCAUAUUUAUAUAAGCAGAGUAUAUUUUAUUUAAAAAUAAAGCUUUACAAGUAUGAGUGAAACUCUUACCUUAUAUGCCCGAAUAAUAAUCAUUUAAACUAAAUAAUGGAAUAUGUGAUACAAAUGGAAGUCCUUUUUGUUGUCUUUAGCUAGGUAAUGUGAAAAUUCAAUUGUUUUAGUGUAUUCUUUUAGGAGUUCAUACAGACACUUGAUGAGCCCAUGGUGCGAAAGCUCUGUAUCAGAAGCCUGCGAAGAGGUGUGGGAAGCAUGGACUUCAUCCAGGGGGCUCUUGAUCAUGGAGGAUGA